CCGGUUUGGGUCGAUAACAGGUGCUUAAAUAGUACACGACGAUCUCUCUUACUUGUCUUUCCGACAGAGAGACAAGACAUCAUACGAAAUGAACAAAACAAAGAAGCUGGUGGCUUCAAUCUCCACCCUUUUAACAAGACGAACCUCUCAUCCUUCGUCUACUCUCCGGUGCAAUCCACUCGCAACGUUUAGGAUUAAACCACAAACCCACUUGAAUCCGGUUAAACCCUUGGCGCUUCUCCGAUUUUCCGGGAGAGCUUUUUGCUCGGGAUCUUGCGACAAGAUAAGCUCCUCCACGUGCUGGAACUGUGGUUUCUCUUCGGACAAAUCUGCGUUCUUGUUCUGUGACUCGUGUCGCAGCAUUCAACCUGUUGAUGAUUCCGUCGACUACUUUCAAAUCUUCGGCCUGGAGAAGAAGUAUGAGUUAGAUGCUGGAAGCGUUGAAGGAAAGUACAAAGACUGGCAAAAGAAGCUGCAUCCUGAUUUAGUUCAUAACAAAUCUCAGAAAGAGAGAGAUUACGCAGCUGAACAGUCUGCAAAGGUGACUGAAGCAUGCAGGACAUUAACCAAACGGCUCUCAAGAGCAAUGUAUAUCAUGAAGGUGAAUGGCAAAAAUAUUAAUGAGGAAGAAACAGUAACAGAUCCAACGUUGUUAAUGGAGAUGAUGGAACUCAGAGAGGCUAUAGCAGAAGCAGAUGAUUCCAAAGAGCUGAACAAGAUUCAAUCACAGGUACAAGAGAAACUGAAGCAAUGGUCUGACUCUUUUGCCAAGGCCUUUGAAAGCCAGAGAUUUGAUGAGGCUGUAAAAUGUAUUCGGAGAAUGACUUUUUACGAGAAAGCUUGUGAAGAAAUUGUGAAGAAGCUAUGAGUAAAGUAGUCCUCCCUUGAACCAUUCUUUUUGUUCAUUUUCUUAAAAGCCUUACCCAUCAGACAUUUGAAGGAAACAUAUCAUGAUAACUAAAGUAUCUUAAGCUUCAUGUUUUAAUUUUACCUAUAUUUAACUGAAGACGUUAUUAAGAAAAAGAUU